GAGCACAGUCGCUAGCUGGCUAGCUCUCCCUCUUUUCCGGUGUCCUCCUGUGGGUGACCGUGUCUUCUUUAGUUUUAGCUGCAAUUAUAUCUUUCUCCAUCUUCCACAAUGAAGAUUUAUAAGGAUAUUUUCACUGGAGACGAGAUGUUCUCCGACACCUACAAAGUUAAGCUGGUGGACGACGUGUUGUACGAAGUGUACGGCAAGUUGGUCACCCGUAAAUCUGGUGGUGAUAUCGAGAUCGCUGGUUUCAACCCGUCUGCCGAGGAAGCCAACGAAGGCACCGACGACGUGGUGGAGAGUGGCGUCGACGUCGUGUUGAAUCACCGACUGCAAGAAACAUUCGCCUUUGGGGAUAAGAAAUCCUAUACGUUGUACCUCAAAGACUACAUGAAGAAGUUAGUAGCAAGGCUGGAGGAAAAAUCACCCGAUCAAGUAGAAGUCUUCAAAAACAACAUGAACAAAGUUAUGAAGGACAUCCUGGGGCGUUUCAAGGAGUUACAAUUUUUCACCGGCACGUCGAUGGACAUCGACGGCAUCGUGGGCCUCAUGGAGUACCGUGAAAUCGACGGCGAGUCUGUGCCUGUACUCAUGUUCUUCAAGCAUGGUCUUGAAGAGGAAAAGUUCUAAGUAAUUCUUAGAUAUCCAACAAAUUGUGGACAAAUUUUAUAAACCGGAGUCAAGACUGCACACGCUGAAAAGCUGUGAAAUUUAGUUGAAAAUAUAAAGGACGCAACAUACUCUACUUCCAAAAAAAAACGAACCCUCGAUUUGCGACAUAUUAAACGAGAUCUUCAUUCAAGAAACAAUUCCGCGAUAAACAAAAUCCGUACCCGGGGUAACUUAGGGGGAGGAUUGCAGGAACACCGGAUUCUUCACAGUUAAUAAGUCGAGCGGUCUGUCGCCGUCAUUUCCGUUUUGUAUCCAAUUGUAUUAGAGAAUUUUAUUUAUAUCGAAGAAUGGAAGAUGGGGAAAGAGUUAGCAGCGAUGGACCCACAGCAGUCCGUGAAGUAACAACAUACUGUGUUAAUGCAAUGUUAACGGUCAACAAUUUCUGAAACAUAUUCGGUAUAAUGUCGUCAUGAAUAAAAAAAAUUUUUCCAUAA